UCACGUGACGCUUGGUGUGAGCGGCGGGGGCGCGCGCGGUUGGCUGUGAGGGAGCGCGCCCGGGAAAUGUCUCCGCCGCCGUCCGGUGAGGAGGCUUCUUACAGCAGUCUGCCGGAAUUCUUCUACCGGUGUCUGCGCAAGGGGCACUGGGAGCUGGCAAGGGCCUGUCUGCCGCAACUUUCCCGGGGUCCUGAUGCUGGUGGAGUGGAGGAAAUACUGAGAGGGCUGGUGAGAGCCCCGCACCUGCUCAGUUAUGAUGAAGAGCACACGCCUCAGAAACUUGCCUGGUUUUGGCUUAAUGCAUUGGAAGUUUGGUUGGCAUGGGCUGAUAAGCAGCUGCCGGAUAUUCUCAAAGAUGAAACUGAGUUUCUUCUUCUCCUUGAGGAGUUUCAGAAUGGAGCAACAGAGCAGACUGUGAAGGAGCUGUAUGAAGCAUUUCUAUACAGUCACUCUGAAUUAAAAGAAAACAGAAGGGAAACCCCAAGUCCUCGCUUCAGUGAGGCUACAGUCUCAUCUCUACAGGGCGCUUUAUCCCAGAAUCCUCGGCUUGUGCAGUCACUGAUAGGUUUUCUCCUAGUGGAUGAUGCUCACCCUGUUUGCAUUGAAUACAAUCACUACCUUCUGAACAUCACUGUGAACUUCCUCUUAGACUUGUUGUCAUCUCUCCAGAGGGUAGAUGAGGCCGGGUCUACAGAUUCAGCCUCAUGUACAGUCGAUCAGGUAUACAGUGUCUUAAGCACCAUGCACUUCAAUAUGGAGCUCCAGGCUGGCGAGCUCAGGCGUUUAUGUGAGGAGCUCUAUAAUAUUUGCUCAGACAAGGGAAUUCUCUCAGAAGAUCGUGUGCAGGCGUGCUUACUGAGGAAGCAGAACUACGCACUAGUUAGCCUGUACGGUAUUGUGUCUACUGAGAAGAUAAGGGCUCGUAUAUCUACUCUGAAGUCUCCUGGAAGAGGAGCAACUCAGGAACUUGGCGACACAGAAAGAGCAGUCCUUACUUUAUUCUAUGAUCCGGAGCGAGCAAAGUCAUGGAAGAAGAUCUAUUUUUACAGCAUCUCUACGGGCAAACACUUCCUGGAGCAAAUUCUGCUUACUGCCUUGGCUCUCUUGAAAAAAGAAGAUUUCUCCAGUCUAGAUAUGCUGCUGUCUAAUGAGUUUAAGCCUUUGAGACAUCUUCUAGUCCUCUUGGGAUGGACCCACCUCCAGAGUACGGAGUCGGCCAAAUCACUGCUGCGGGUCAUGCGUAAAGAUAUGGAUCUCUGUAAUGAUUCAUUAUUUAAAGACUUCUGUGAUGGCCUCAUGUAUCAGGUAGAAGCUUUGGAGUGGUGCCUCGAGCACAGCAGACAAGAGAUUUCCAGAAAAGAUGUUCUUCAUCACCUGUGUACCCUGGACAGCCAUUCCUCUCUAUAUAUCCUUCACCAUCUCACCAACUUGCCACAACUUAAUGAAGACGAAGUUCUGAAACUUCUGAGAAAAGGACUUGCAGAGGAAGGUUACAGUGAACGAGAAGAUCUACAUGAGCUGACGCAGCAUCGCAACAUAGUUGUGUUUCAGGCAUUUUGUGCUAUGAAGUAUGCCAUCUAUUCAUUGUGUGUCAGUGCUCCCAGCCAUGCGCAGGGCAAGGAUUACCAUACUUACCAGUUGACCAGCUCGCUGGAGGACGGAGAGUAUGGAAAGAGUUCAGAGUUUCCAAAUCUUUUUGUACAGUAUUUAACCAAGUGCCAGUAUUAUUUAUAUCCACUGCCAUUGCCGCUCAAAUUGGAGCUUCUGGAAAACAUUUUCUCCUUAAUGUUUAUAUCUGUAGCUGAUCUCGGCUCUGAGCCCCCCCUUCCAGAGGGCUAUGCUGUAGAAGAAGCUGAGGAAGACUUGGAACUCAAAGUCGGCAGGCUUGGUAGCCUGGACAGCAGCACUGAGAAAGGGGAGAGCGCACUGGUCAUGUCUCCGAUGGAAAGUCCCCAACAUAAUAAUAGUAGUGUGAUCAUCACUGACCUGAAUAAUACUGCUCAAGGGUCAACACCGUGUGCUUUAGAAAACUCUCCAAACAAUUUAUGGGACCUGGUGGGAUCCAACUAUAUUGACUUGAAACACUUUGCCAGUAGGUUGAGUGGAUUUUUGGUGGAUGAGAUUGUGUUGGACUCUUUCCUAAAAAUGUUGAAAGAACAGGUAGACCUGAUUAAAGACUCCAUUCACAUGAGUGAUCAUGAGCUGGCUGGUGAACGUACAUUAUUUACAUCAAUGUCGCAAGACUUCAGGAACAGAGUAAGCCAGUUGUCUAAAUAUAUUUCUGAAGCCCAGUGGAGAUACAAAGUGGUGACGAGCAAUAGGAACGCAGAGUAUGACUUUGUGUCUGCACGAUUACAAUUGAAGACUUACAAAACCGCCAGUAUUAAAAGACGCAGGAGAGCCAAAGGAUCAGGGUCCAGGAAGCAGAAUGAAAGCACAAGUAGUGAACUGAGCACGUCAGAGAGCAGCGCAAGUAAUCUGUCAGCAAGAACAGACAUGGACGGCAGGGGCUACCUACAGCAGAGAAAUAACCUUAUCCCUAUGAUGCUUUCAACACCGGAAUCGCUGCUCAUCUCAUGUAUAUUGAGGGGAAACUAUACGGAUGCUCAUGAGGUCUCCAGGAGGUUUAAUCUGCAAUCUUCUCCAAGCCAUGGGGAGCUCAUUUUUAUGGAACGAUAUCAAGAAGUCAUACGCGAACUGUCAAAAGUGGAGAAAAAAAUGGAAAAUCAGACAUCAGAAGUUGGCAUAAAAAAGCCAGGGAGCAGCCGCUCCACGCUGCAGGCAAUAGGAAACGCAGCGGCAGCAGGAGUGGUAUUCUAUUCCAUAUCUGAUGUGACUGAUAAGUUGGUGGCUCCAGCAGAGUGCCUUAUACCGGCUUUACAGGAGGAUUUCUGGUUAAGAAGUGCACACUUGGAGAAGACUGAUCGGUGGAAACAUGUGGUGGAAGAGCUGAACCCCGCAGCUAUGGCAGCAUUUGAUUUGGCAUGUACACAAGCACAUCUCUGGAAAACAUGCAAACAGCUGCUGGAGACGGCAGAGAGACGACUGCAAAACUGUCUGCAAAGUAAAGGUCGGCCGUCUGAUGUGAUUAUGGAGCAUCCAGAAGGAAUCAGAGGAGUCCAGGCGUUUCUUCAGCAAAUGAGUAAAAUCAUUAACUACCCCAGCCUACCACAAGGACAAACUGAGAUAGAAGAGAAGAUAAGCAUGCAUCUGAAAUGUAGCAUGACGGAGCUUUUACAUAGCUGCUACUCUCUGCUAAGAGAUGAACACAUGGUUCGCCACAUCACCUUGAGCCAUGAGCUGGAGAACAACAUUGCACAACUUAGGUCUGCAGUCGCUUCCUUCGAACUAAAAGGAAACGUGAUUCAGUCUCUAAUGGACCAGGCGUCGAUGAAACAUCAAGAUGUGCAGGUCCAUCCUGUUCGCAAACAAAUGAUUCUUCUCCAAAACAACCUGGAUGAACUCGCACAGUUGCUAGACAAUCGCAGUUUAGCCUUCAACCCCAUUUGCUGCUUUUUUACAUACAUUGACACCUUGGCCAAAGUUAUUAUCCAAAGUACAAACUCAGACUUGGAAACCUCUUUGGAAGUAAAGGUGGCAAAUCCCUUUGUUCUUCUACAUCAAAAGCCCUCACAAGUGGUAUCCCAUUUGUUAUUUGAGCGACAAGUUCCACCCGAAAGGUUGUCUUACUUGUUGAAGAAAGAGAAUCUUGGGCUGAACGUGGAGCAGGUGAUAGCAGAUUAUUGCUGUGGGAAUCUGUCGUUCUGCAAUAUGAGGAAGGUGAACCAGGUGCAGCAUCUGUUACUCGGCCUCGUCCGCUCAGCACAGCAGUGUGUGGAUGCUUCCCUUCCCAACAUGGACAUAGCAAUGUCUGUAAGUCCCCCGGAUAGUGAGGACUCUGCGUUGAGUACACCUACAUCUCCUUCUGAGUCCAGCCAAUACUCCCUUACAGCCUCUGUCUUGAACUUUUUAAAGACUAAAUCUACAUUAACCGCAGCUGUAGCUUGUUUAAGUGCCAUCAAAAGUCCUAAGCCAGCCAAGUCUGGACUGUCCUGGAUAGAGUUACGAGGCAGUAAGAAAGAAAGUCCGCUGGAGAUGGAGAACAUUGCUAAGGAGUGUGAUUCACUGCUGUCAGAGUUUCCUGUUCUUCAGCGCUUUAUUACUUUGAUGUCCGCACCUUUUAGAGAUGGUUCCCAAGAGCUUAGCGGGCUGAGUAGCCUUCUCUGUGGGAAGCCUUGCAUAGCCUCAGUCCUCCUAGGACUCCAUGCACCAUCAGCAUCUGCCGUGUUAGCUGAAGCUUUCCAAGACGCACUCUCAAAGAAGAACUGGACGAGUGCACUGCAGCUUCUUAAUCUCUACGCCAGAGACUUUGAUCUUGAGCAAGUCAAAGAUGCUCUUCGGUGCUGUGCUGCUGCUGAAGAAAAAGAAGGCUGGAGAUACCUUUUCGCUGUUAAAGAUGCCACUCUGAGAAGCACGUUGACCCUCCGUUUUCUGGACAAGUGGCCUUUGGAUGCCUGCAUGGAGAUUUUGUCAUACUGUGUAUGUGAGAUGGAUGUUGAAGACAGCCUUAAACUGGAACUACAGAGCAAAAGGAAAGAAUUGGAAGUGUACAGAAAGAUUCUAAGCCUGCAGGAAGACAUAGCCUGGGAGAGCUGGCAGGAUUUAAAGGAAGACUGUACCAAGGAUCCUCAGGCUAUAAUCACGAUUAUCCUUGAAGCAAAGGAUUAUUUGCUUUGUGAGGAUUGGGGACUCUUUUACCCUAUACCUGCGGAUCUUCUAAUAAACCUGUACCGUGAGCAUCUCUUACAUCUUCUGGAGAAAAAAGACACCGAGAAAUCUCUACAGCUACUAAAGAGAGUUGAGGAUCAGGAUCUGCGCCUGGCAAUCACGGAGCAAGCACUUUUUCAGAAUCCUGGCAUAUUUGCUAGCCAUUUUCUAUCUGAGUAUUUGCUGGCACAUUUUUUAAACGGUCUUCUGGAGAUGCGUUGCAAUGAAAUAAGGAAUAUAUUCCUGGGAUCAAAGGUACUACUGGCACUUCCAGAGUCUGCUCAUUCCAACUAUGAACAUCUUAUCUCCAGCCCGCUGCUGAUGCUCGAGCAGCUUUUGAUGAACAUGAAGAUAGAGUGGGUCUCUGUUGCGGUACAGACAUUGCAGCAGCUUCUCAUUCAGCCGGAUUUCACCUUUUCUAUUGAAGACGUGGACAAUAUGCUAUGCACCUAUGCUGGGAAAGCCUUGGACAUCCCAUUCUCUUUGAGAGAGAAAAGAACAGACUCUGUCAGCCGAGUUCCAGAAAGCAUCAGUCAGGCAUCAGAUACAGAAGGUUCUCCAUCCUCUUCUGGAGAACAAAACUCUGUUUUUGGAGAUCGAUCUCGGUUGCAGACACCUGAGAAAGGACACAGGAGGAACAAGUCUUCUCCAGAAUUUGUACCGCCUGACAAACCUCCAGCUAAAGCACAUUGGAUUCCAGAUGAAACUGAAACCACCUGCAUGGUCUGUAAGAAUGAGAAGUUCACCAUGUUCAACCGUAGACAUCAUUGCAGACGAUGUGGAAGACUGGUCUGCAGCUCCUGCUCUAUGAAGAAGAUGGUGGUAGAAGACUGCCGGGAAAACCCAGCGCGUGUGUGUGAUCAGUGUUAUAACUAUUUUAAUGCAGAUGCUUACAAAACAGAAGAGGAUUUUGAGCAAUUGGAAGAAACAACAGGUGGCAACUUGGACCUUUCGGAGGUCCUCCGACUUUCUAAAGCUGCUGAGGUUCAGUGGUGGUUAACGCUCAAUGAAGCUGAAAAUGAAGUGGAGAGGAAUGAGUUUUAUUAUGAGCAGGCCCCGAGUGCAUCAUUGUGCUCAGCUAUCCUUAAUCUGCACUCCAAGAGGGACGAGUGUGGCUACCAGCUGAUCGAGCGCUGCUGCCUCCUGUCUAAGGGGCUGACAAACCCUGAGAUGGACAGUCGACUUCUGCUGGAUAUUAUGAAAACAUUGCUGUUCAGUGCCAAAAUGAUUUUUGUCAAAGCAGCUAGGAGCCAUGACCUUGCCCUGUGCGACAGUUACAGCAGUAAGGUUGAUUUGCUGAAGAUAUUAGUUGCAGCAUCAUACCAAGACAUCCCUUCCUUGGAUGAGAUUGUCAGACCAGCCGCUGUAGUACGGUUAAGAAAUCAACUCUUGGAAGCAGAAUACUACAAUUUAGCCAUAGAGGUAUCCACAAAGAUGGGGCUGGACCCUUCUGGUGUAUGGCAUGCCUGGGGCAUGGCUUGUCUUAAGUCUGAUAAUUUACCUGGCGCGAGGGAGAAGUUCAGCAGAUGUAUGAAAGCACCUUUAGAUCUGAACCAAAGGAAUAUUGGGUCCAAGCCCUUGGAAGAUGUUAUUCAGCAAUUGGAGUCUGCAGCCAAACCCCUUCUACUGGUGAAAGAUGAUGAAUAUUUUGCCACCUUAAAAGAACUGGAAGUUACCCUUAAAGCGCGCUGCCUUUGGUACGAGAUGAUGCCCGAGGGGAAGAUCCAAAAUAACACCUAUUACCAAGAAUGCCUCUAUUACCUGCACACCUAUGGCACACACCUGGGAAUUAUACAGUUCUAUAUGAGACAUGACCUCAUGCGAGAUGCUUUACUGCAUUUGUUGCACAAGGAAUGUCCUGGAGAUAUUUUUAUUGAAGGCAUUUUUGUGCCCAGCUAUGAGAGUGGCAAGCUGCAAGUGCUGGAAACCAUGUUAGAAUCUCUUGACUCUAGCCUGGAGAGUUGGAGCACCUACCUCAUCGAUGCCUGCAAACAUCUCCAGCAGAAGAACUACUACAACAUCUUGUAUGAACUCCAGCAGUUCAUGAAAGACCAUGUUCGAGCAGCCAUGACCUGCAUACGAUUUUUCUCACACAAAGCCAAGAACUACCGUGAAUUGGGUAACAACCAGACGUGGCUGGUGAAAUCCAAGGAGCAUCUGAAAAUUUCUUUACAAGAAGUGUCCCGAAGCAACAGAAGAAAAUCAUAUGACACUUUUAGGAAAAAAAUGUCAGCAACGGAUGUGUCAAGGCACAUCAACACUGUUGAACUACAGAUGGAAAUCACAAAGUUCCUGCAGAGAUGUGAGAGCUUGCAGACUGGUCAGGAGUAUGACAAGCCGCCCCCCACACUAUUUGGACACAGUGCCAUGAUGAUAGAUGUGGCCUCCAGGGUAAUUUUGGGUGGAAAGAAUGUAGAGGAAGGAUUUGGAAUAGCUUUUCGAGUAAUUCAGGAUUUUCAGCUUGACGCAUUCAAGGUGUACAGCAAAGUGUGCAAGCAGCUGGUACAACAGGAAAAUUACUCCGAAAUCCUGCUGCUGGUGAAGUGCGUGAGCGAGUCCGGAAUCGCCGCAGAGAAGGACUGCGAUCAGAUUUUGCUAAGAUGUGUUGAAGAAAUGGCAGAUGUUCCUUCUGAUGACCUGGAGAAGCUUAUCCAAGGCAUGAGAAGUGAUGAAACCAAGAUCAAGGCGUUUCUGGCCUGUCGCAUGAUGCGCUCUGCCUAUCUGACCGCCGUAAAGCAGGAGCACGAGAGAGCUAUCCAGCUAGUACAGGAAGUAUGGCAAGCCGCGCACAACAUCCAUGACAGCGUGGUCCAAGGCAUCUGCUCCAAGUGGCUUGUAGAGCAUCCUCCGGUUUCCAAGCAGACACCGCGCCAAAGCUCCCGCAAGGUUAUUUUAGUGCCAAGCACAUGAAUUUCUGCAAGUUCCAUUUAGAUGAACAGGACAGUCCCAGUAACUACUUCACCAAAUGUAUUGUGUGUGAGUAUACUCUUGAGGGGGUUAUCAAGGAAUAGUAGAACAGAGCUAAUUUCUUCCCAAUACACUGCUACUCCUAUCCUCAGGUUAUGUGGGUGGUGUGACAAAUCUGCUCAGUUAAAGGGGUACUCCGGUGAAAACCUUUUUUCUUUUAAA